GGAAAAAACACGCUUUUCACGUUUUGUGUCAGGACUCAGGAUCGAGGUGGAGGAGGGGCCUCGGCGACUCUUUGCCCCACUUCACUGACGCAUAGAACAGAAGGCUUUAUUAGAAGAACAUCGUCAUCCCUGAACCCUUGCACAAAGGCACAAAGGCACAAGGAAGGCACAAGGCACAAAGGCAAAAAGGGCUUUUGCGUUAGUAAAGAGAGAAAGAUAGAUAAAUAUUAAUUGGCAGUGGAAUGGAUGAGAUGAGAAUUGAGAAUUAGAGGUAAUUAAGAAUCCAGCUCUUAUCCUACCCUAGUAUCAGAUUUCUUUGGUUUUUGGGUUUUCUUCCUUUUUUUUCUCAAUUUCUUUCCAAAUUAUAGAUAGACUCAUAUCCAAUCACACCGUUAUCAUCUCCCUUGCUUGCCCUUGCUUGCUGGGUGUGGUCCAGUGGUGUGGUGUGACGAGGGCAAUUUUUCACCGACGACUAACUAGAUUACUAUAGUUUUUAAUCAAUCAACAGUACAAGUCCUAGUAGAUGAGAGACUGAGAGAGAUUUUUUAUAUAGAAGAAAUCGGUUGCUUGCGUGUUUUGAGACUUGAGUAGAGCGGAAUUAUCUCUAUAUAUAUAUAUGUAUAAAGCAACUAGAGCAAAUAAAUAUAAAUGAGCCAUGUCGAUACCCAAGGAGCCGGAGCAGGUGAUGAAGCUAAGAGGAGGAUCAGUACUGGGCAAGAAGACCAUUCUCAAGAGCGACCACUUCCCAGGCUGCCAGAACAAACGCUUGUCUCCCCAGAUCGAUGGCGCUCCCAAUUACCGUCAGGCUGAUUCGCUACAUGUUCACGGUGUUGCCAUUCCAACAGUCGAUGGAAUCCAGAAUGUUCUUAACCAUAUUGGAGCUCAACAAAUUGAUGGGAAGCGAACACAAGUUCUUUGGAUUAACCUCCGCGAGGAGCCGGUGGUCUAUAUUAAUGGGCGCCCUUUUGUUUUGCGUGACGUGGAGAGGCCCUUUUCCAACCUUGAGUAUACGGGAAUUAACAGGGCUAGGCUUGAACAAAUGGAAGCCCGAUUAAAAGAAGAUAUUUUAAUUGAAGCUGCAAGAUAUGGGAAUAAGAUCCUUGUCACUGACGAACUACCAGAUGGUCAGAUGGUGGAUCAAUGGGAACCAGUGUCACGGGAUUCUGUGACGACACCGCUAGAGGUUUACGAGGAAUUGCAAGUACAAGGAUACCUUGUUGACUAUGAACGUGUCCCUAUAACUGAUGAAAAAUCACCCAAGGAGCUGGAUUUUGAUAUUUUGGUUCAUAAAAUUUCUCAAGCUGAUAUAAAUGCAGAAAUAAUUUUUAACUGCCAAAUGGGACGUGGGCGAACUACAACAGGAAUGGUGAUAGCAACUUUGAUAUACCUCAACCGUAUAGGAGCUUCCGGUAUUCCGAGAACCAAUUCAAUCGGGAAAGUUUCUGACUCCAGUGCAAUUGUCACUGACAAUUUUCCAAACUCAGAAGAUGCGAUUCGUAGAGGAGAAUAUGCAGUCAUAAGAAGCUUGAUUCGAGUAUUAGAGGGUGGUGUUGAAGGCAAAAGACAAGUGGAUAAAGUUAUUGACAAGUGCGCCUCUAUGCAGAACUUACGUGAAGCAAUUGCCACUUAUCGCAAUAGUAUUCUGCGCCAACCAGAUGAGAUGAAAAGGGAGGCGUCACUUUCAUUUUUCGUGGAGUAUUUGGAACGAUACUACUUUCUUAUAUGCUUUGCCGUGUACAUUCAUUCAGAGAGAGCAGCCCUCCGCUCUAGUUCCAUUGGUUAUAGCAGUUUUGCUGACUGGAUGAAAGCUAGGCCAGAACUGUAUAGCAUUAUUCGCAGGUUGCUGAGAAGAGAUCCAAUGGGUGCACUUGGAUAUGCAAGUUUGAAACCAUCUUUAAAGAAGAUUGCUGAAUCUGCUGAUGGCCGGCCUUAUGAGAUGGGUGUAGUUGCGGCCUUGAGAAAGGGCGAGGUUCUUGGUAGCCAAACAGUUUUGAAAAGUGACCACUGUCCUGGUUGUCAAAACCAAAAUUUACCAGAAGGAGUGGAUGGUGCCCCUAAUUUUCGGGAGGUCCCUGGAUUUCCAGUUUAUGGAGUCGCAAAUCCAACAAUUGAUGGUAUACGGUCUGUCAUCCAAAAGAUUUGUAGCUCCAAAGAUGGUCGACCAGUUUUUUGGCAUAAUAUGAGAGAAGAACCUGUGAUUUACAUCAAUGGAAAACCGUUUGUACUCCGUGAGGUUGAACGACCAUACAAAAAUAUGCUUGAAUACACGGGUAUCGAUCGUGAGAGAGUGGAGAGGAUGGAAGCUCGACUGAAAGAAGAUAUACUGCGAGAAGCUGAGCGUUAUGGGGGUGCUAUAAUGGUUAUUCAUGAAACAGAUGAUGGGCAAAUAUUUGAUGCUUGGGAACAUGUAAAUUCUGAGGCUAUUCAGACCCCACUUGAGGUUUUUAAAGGUUUGGAGACAGAUGGUUUUCCCAUAAAGUAUGCGCGUGUGCCCAUCACUGAUGGUAAAGCUCCCAAAAGUUCUGACUUUGACACGUUGGCUAUUAAUAUUGCUUCUGCAUCCAAGGACACUGCUUUUGUUUUCAAUUGCCAGAUGGGCAGAGGAAGGACAACCACAGGUACUGUAAUUGCUUGCCUUUUGAAACUUCGAAUUGACCACGGGAGACCUAUCAAAAUCCUGGCUGACAAUAUUACCCUCGAAGAGGUGGAUGGUGGUAGCUCAAGUGGUGAAGAAUCAGGAGGUAAUAGUGCUGCAUCAACCUCCAGUGUUACAGCUGUAAGAAAUGAAAAGGAUCAAGGCCGUGUAUUUGGCAUGAAUGACAUCCUCUUGUUGUGGAAAAUAACAAGAUUAUUUGAUAAUGGGGUGCAAGCCGUUCUGCAAUAUAGAAAGGUAUUCAAUCAACAACAUGUUGAGCCAAGGGUAAGGAGGGUGGCAUUGAAUCGUGGUGCUGAGUACUUGGAGCGCUACUUUCGUUUAAUUGCUUUUGCAGCAUACUUAGGAAGUGAAGCAUUUGAUGGAUUUUGUGGGCAAGGAGAAUCUAGGAUGACAUUUAAGAAUUGGUUGCAUCAGAGACCAGAAGUUCAAGCAAUGAAAUGGAGCAUAAGAUUAAGGCCUGGACGAUUUUUUACUGUCCCUGAGGAGUUGAGAGCACCGUAUGAGUCUCAACAUGGAGAUGCUGUCAUGGAGGCUAUUGUCAAGACCCGUAGUGGUUCUGUUUUGGGGAAAGGAUCUAUACUUAAAAUGUAUUUCUUUCCAGGUCAGAGGACUUCUAGCCACAUACAAAUUCAUGGUGCACCACAUGUUUAUAAGGUGGAUGGAUAUCCUGUGUACAGCAUGGCUACGCCAACAAUUCCUGGUGCCAAAGAGAUGCUAGCAUAUUUAGGUGCCAAGCCCAAAGCAGAAGGAUCUGCUGCUCAGAAAGUGAUUUUAACUGAUCUGAGAGAAGAAGCAGUUGUUUACAUUAAUGGCACACCAUUUGUCUUACGGGAGCUAAACAAACCUGUUGAUACACUCAAGCAUGUGGGAAUCACAGGCCCAGUGGUGGAACACAUGGAAGCACGACUAAAAGAAGAUAUACUAUCUGAGGUCAGACGGUCUGGUGGCCGUAUGCUUUUACAUCGUGAAGAAUAUAGCCCGGCAUUGAAUCAGUCCAGCGUCAUUGGAUACUUGGAAAAUAUCUUUGCAGAUGAUGUGAAGACACCAGCUGAAGUAUAUGCUGCUCUGAAAGAUGAGGGUUAUAAUAUUACAUAUAGAAGAAUACCAUUAACUAGAGAAAGAGAGGCUUUAGCUUCUGAUGUGGAUGCAAUUCAAUACUGUAUAGAUGACUCUGCAGGGUGUUACCUUUUUGUAUCACACACGGGGUUUGGAGGAGUUGCAUAUGCAAUGGCUAUUGUUUGUAUUAGAUUUGGUGCAGAAGCUGACUUUGUAUCGAAGGACCCACAACUACUGUUUAGAACGAAUCCAUCAUAUACAACUGAAGAGGACUUGCCUUCUCGAGCUUCUGAUGAAGAAGUUCGUAGGAUGGGUGACUACCGAGACAUACUAAGCCUUACGAGAGUUCUUGUGUAUGGUCCCAAGAGCAAAGCAGAUGUUGACGUAGUUAUUGAAAGGUGUGCAGGGGCAGGGCAUCUACGAGACGAUAUUCUUUAUUAUAGUAAGGAACUCGAGAAGUUCCCUGACGAUGAUGAUGAGCAUCAAGCAUACCUCAUGGACAUGGGUAUCAAAGCAUUAAGGCGGUACUUUUUCCUUAUCACAUUUAGGUCUUACCUCUACUGCACUUCUGCAGCUGAGAUAAAAUUCGCAUCAUGGAUGGAUGCAAGGCCUGAACUAGGACAUUUAUGUAAUAACCUUAGGAUCGAUAAAUGAUCUCAUUAGCAAUGCUUGUAAAAUAAAUUUAUGUACAGUUGGCAAUACGUUGCCAGUUAUGGUUUUCUCUCCCUCUCUCCCAAUGUAAAAGAAAAAGAAAACUCCUACAGUGGAAAAAAAUCAGGUCAUGUCUUAUCAUCUGAAUUAGUUCUUUU